AUGAUGUCCCAUACAAAGCGCACAUGCUUCUACGCCACUUUGGCUUGUAUUCUUGUCGCCGUGCAGGCGCUGCCGCCUUGCGCACGGGACGACGAAGACUGCCGCGAGAGCCAAAUGCAUCCGGACCUGCCUUCUGCACCCGCAGGUCGUGUGACUGGACGUAAAAUCGAUGGCGAUGACACCAACGACUAUUGGCGCAAUCAGGGCAAAGAAUUCAUCAAGUCCAAGUUUGCUGAGAAACUAAACACCAACAAGGCCAAGAAUGUGAUUUUGUUCUUAGGCGAUGGCAUGGGCGUCACCACGCACUCGGCUGCACGCAAUCUGCUCGGUGGUGAGGAAAAGUACUUCUCUUUCGAAAAAUUCCCUUACACCGGUCUAUCGAAGACCUAUGCCGUCGAUCGUAUUGUGCCCGAUUCAGCGAACACCGCCACCGCCUACUUGUGCGGCGUCAAGGCCAUGGAGGGAACAAUUGGUGUGAGUGCUCAGGUAGAACGUGAAGAUUGUGAAGCAAUGCUGGAUACCACCACGCACGUUUACUCGAUCGCCAAGUGGGCCAUGGACGCCGGUAAGUCGGCUGGUGUUGUGACGACCACAAGGAUAACGCACGCUUCGCCAGCAGGCGUCUAUGCGCACAUUGCGGAUCGCGACUGGGAAGAUGACACUGAGGUGGGGAAGUCCUGUGGCGCUAACAGUCAGGUGAACGAUAUAGCUUAUCAGUUAAUACACGGCGAAGUGGGCAGCAAGUUGUCGCUAAUGAUGGGCGGUGGCAAGCGGCAUUUUGUGGAUCGUGAAAUCUAUGCGAAUGGCACACGCAGCGAUGGUCAGAAUCUAAUUGAUCAAUACCAGCAACUAAGCGCCAAAAAUGCAUACGUAGAAUCGCUUGCGGAACUCAACAGCUUAAAUUUCAGUAGUGUCGACCGCGUGCUGGGCCUUUUCGCUGACAGUCACUUGCUUUAUCACCUAGAAACUGACGCGAGCUCACGCCAGCCCACACUGGAGGAAAUGACGCGCAAGGCAAUUGAGUUCCUUAGUCGCAACGAGCAGGGCUACUUUAUUUUCAUCGAAGGCGGGCGCAUCGAUUUGGCGCAUCAUGACAAUAUGGCGCGCAUUGCACUGGAUGAAACCGUCGAGUUCUCAAAGGCCGUUCAAGCCGCGCGCGAAUUGACCAACGAGGAGGAGACGUUGAUUGUGGUCACAGCCGAUCAUUCGCAUGCAUUCAGCUACUCUGGCUAUCCGUACCGUGGUAACGAUAUCUUUGGCCGCACACCCGCCACACCCGGCGAUCGCAAGCCAUUGAUGACCCUCAGCUAUGCAAAUGGGCCGAGUUAUGAGAAAUUCUACGAUGUUGACAAUAAGGUGCGUCGCGAUCCGACAACCAUUGUAACAGGCGACAUCUACGACGUAUUCCCCGCUACCGCGCCACUUGACACGGAGACGCAUGGCGGUGAUGAUGUGGCUGUAUUCGCUGUGGGUCCUUGGGCGCACCUGUUUACUGGCGCGUACGAGCAAAACACUAUUCCGCAUAUUAUGGCUUAUGCUUCGUGCUUAUCCGACGGCUUAACCGUUUGUACUUAA